CACUCCUUCAUCCUACACAGUUCCACGUUUUCGAUUUCUCACACUACAAACACUCUUCAACGUUGUUGUUGUUGUUGCAAACUUCACAGAUUCCUCGUACCACUCCCAAGUGUCAUCUAAAUCUUCAAACACCAUGAUGAUAAGGUUACUUUCACACGUUGUGUUGCCAUUGCUCUUCACAUCUUUAUGCUUGGUUCACGCAGGCAAUGCUCCUGCCCCUUCACCCAAGUCAACACCAUCGCCGGCGCCGGCCAAAUCACCUUCUUCUGCCACUCCUCCGCUGCAUUCUCUGCAAUCUCCUGCAAAGUCUCCAACUUUAUCACCGCCUUCACAAUCUCCGGUGGUUUCUCCAUCUGGGUCUUCCGCUUCUCCGCCCCCGGCUGUGGCUCCGGCAACUCAGCCACCAUCUUCAGCAUCUCAGGCUCCUAGCCCAGCCAAGGACGUCUCUUCGCCGCCGGCUCCAUCUCCGGUGGCAGAGGCUCCAACGCCGGAAUCUUCCGCUGGAAUUCCCUCAAGCUCUGCCCCACCAGCUGGUUCACCCAUUACACUGCCAUCCAACGGUGCCUCUCCGGAAACUGCUCCGGCGAGUUCUUCAAAUGGUUCAAUUGGUGAUUUAUCAGGUGCAAGUUCAAAUGCAGCUUCAAUGAUUUUGGGUGGUGUGGCAUUUUGGAUGACUUUGAAUGUGAUCUAAAGGAUGGAAAUUUGAUUAUUCUCUUUGUGUUCCCAUUUUUGAACGACCAUUUGUUGUACUUGAGCAAUUUUUUUAGUUCUUAGGUUAUUUCAUUAUUCUGUAAUCGAUUUUAUGCAAGUUAAUGAAUUUUUACUAACUCUUUUGUUCAA